UGCAGUCGCGCAUUCAACUGGCUGAGCUGUCCAGAAGCUGGUCGAGCCGACCCGCCACCGGGGAGAAAAGCGACCGGGCUGCGCUGUGCUGUUUGGUGGUCCACACGAUGCGUCUGUUUCUGCUGGCGGUGCUCUUCUCGUGCUCCUGCGCGCGGGCCGGCUGCGAGCCGAAGAUCGUGAACAUCGGGGCCGUCCUGAGCCAGAAGAGAUACGAGCAGGUCUUCAAAGAUGCCGUGACCCAGGCGAACCAAGUCUACGGCAGGGACAAAUUCAAGCUGACCGCCAUCUCCGUAACGCAUAAAUCCAACGCGAUCCAGAUGGCUCUCUCCGUCUGCGAGGACCUCAUCUCCAGUCAGGUCUAUGCUAUCCUGGUGAGUCACCCUCCCCAGUCCAAUGACCACCUAACCCCGACGCCUGUCUCUUACACGGCAGGCUUCUACCGGAUCCCCGUGGUGGGGCUCACCACCCGCAUGUCCAUCUACUCAGACAAGAGUAUCCACCUGUCCUUUCUGCGGACAGUCCCUCCCUACUCUCAUCAGGCGCACGUGUGGUUUGACCUAAUGCGCGAGUUCAACUGGAACCACAUCAUCCUGAUAGUGAGCGACGACCACGAGGGCCGGGCUGCUCAAAAGAGGCUCGAGACCCUCUUGGAGGAAAGAGAAACAAAGAAUAAAAAAAGGAACUAUGAAAACCUCGACCAACUGUCCUAUGACAACAAGCGAGGACCUAAGGCAGAGAAAGUCCUCCAGUUCAGCCAGGAGACUAACUUAACUGCUCUGCUGCUGGAGGCGAAAGAGCUGGAGGCCCGAGUCAUCAUCCUGUCCGCCAGUGAGGAGGACGCUGCCGCAGUGUACAGGGCUGCCCGCUUCCUCAACAUGACGGGCUCCGGCUACGUGUGGCUGGUGGGCGAGCGUGAGAUGUCGGGUAAAGCCCUGAGUGAGGCACCAGACGGUCUAAUCGGCCUCCAGCUCAUCAACGGGAAGAAUGAGUCUGCCCACAUCAAUGACGCAGUGGCUGUGGUAGCUCAGUCCAUACAGGAGCUAUUUGAGAAGGAGAAUAUCACAGAACCUCCAAGGGGAUGUGUGGGCAACACUAACAUUUGGAAAACAGGACCCCUUUUUAAACGGGUGCUGAUGUCAUCUAAAUAUCCCGAGGGUCUCACAGGGCGUGUGGAGUUCAAUGACGACGGAGAUAGGAAAUACGCCCACUACAGUAUACUGAACUAUCAGAAGUCCAGACUCAUCCAAGUUGGCAUAUACAAUGGAACGCAGGUGGUAAUGAACAAUCAGCGGAAGAUUAUCUGGCCCGGAGGAGAGACUGAGAAACCACAGGGCUUCCAGAUGUCCACUCGACUAAAAAUAGUGACAAUACACCAGGAGCCAUUUGUGUAUGUGAAACCCACUCUGCCUGACGGUACUUGCAAGGAGGAAAUGACAUUAAAUGGAGUCUUAAUUAAAAAGGUUAUCUGCACUGGGCCCAAUGAGACCAUCCCAGGACGCCCAAUCGUACCCCAGUGUUGUUAUGGAUUUUGUGUUGAUCUCCUGAUAAAGCUGGCUAUGACCAUGAACUUCACCUAUGAGGUGCAUCUGGUGGCUGAUGGAAAAUUUGGAACUCAGGAGAGGGUCAACAACAGUAACAAGAAGGAGUGGAACGGCAUGAUGGGAGAGCUCCUGGGAGGCCUGGCUGACAUGAUUGUAGCCCCGCUGACUAUAAACAAUGAGCGAGCCCAGUACAUCGAGUUCUCCAAACCCUUUAAAUAUCAAGGCCUCACUAUCCUCGUUAAAAAGGAAAUUCCUCGCAGUACACUGGACUCGUUUAUGCAGCCGUUCCAAAGCACGCUGUGGCUGCUGGUGGGUCUUUCGGUGCAUGUGGUGGCGGUGAUGCUUUACCUACUAGACCGGUUCAGCCCGUUUGGGAGGUUUAAAGUAAAUAGUGAAGAAGAAGAAGAAGAUGCCCUCACCUUAUCAUCUGCCAUGUGGUUCUCCUGGGGAGUGUUGUUGAACUCUGGUAUAGGAGAAGGUGCACCACGUAGCUUCUCAGCGAGAAUCCUGGGCAUGGUGUGGGCUGGUUUUGCCAUGAUCAUUGUGGCUUCCUAUACUGCCAAUCUGGCUGCCUUCCUGGUGUUGGACCGGCCUGAGGAGCGCAUCACCGGUAUCAAUGACCCACGGCUGAGAAACCCAUCAGACAAGUUCAUCUACGCCACAGUGAAACAAAGCUCAGUGGAUAUCUACUUCCGGCGGCAGGUGGAGCUUAGCACCAUGUACCGCCACAUGGAGAAGCACAACUAUGAGAGUGCCGCCGAGGCUAUCCAGGCCGUGCGUGACAACAAGCUGCAUGCUUUCAUCUGGGACUCUGCGGUGCUGGAGUUUGAAGCCUCGCAGAAGUGCGACCUGGUGACCACGGGAGAGCUGUUUUUCCGUUCGGGCUUUGGCAUAGGCAUGCGCAAGGACAGCCCCUGGAAACAGAAUGUGUCCCUGGCCAUUCUCAGUUCUCAUGAGAACGGCUUCAUGGAAGACCUAGAUAAAACCUGGGUGAGAUACCAGGAGUGUGACUCAAGGAGCAAUGCCCCAGCCACACUCACCUUUGAAAACAUGGCAGGGGUAUUCAUGCUGGUGGCUGGAGGCAUAGCAGCAGGGAUCUUCCUCAUCUUCAUUGAAAUCGCCUAUAAGCGCCAUAAAGACGCCCGCAGGAAGCAGAUGCAGCUGGCCUUUGCGGCCGUCAAUGUCUGGAGGAAGAACUUGCAGCCCUCUUCCUCUGUAGAGACUCAGGAUGAUAGGAAAAGUGGUAGAGCAGAGCCCGACCCCAAAAAGAAAGCCUCUUUUAGGUCCAUCAGUACCACCCUGGCCUCCAGCAUCAAGAGACGUAGGUCCUCCAAAGACACGCAGUACCCACCCACUGACGUCACGGGCCAACUCAACUUGUCUGACCCGUCUGUCAGCACAGUGGUGUAAACGGAGAGGGUGACAAUGAGGUUCACUCCCCAAGGAGAGAGGGAAAGAGAUGAGGGAGGAGGAGAGGAAACCAAAACCGAAGCUUUUAUUUCACCGCCUGCCAACGGAGCUUUUGAGGAAACUGCUUGCUGAGGAACUGGCUGAAAACACUCAACUUGCACCUUUCUUUUUCUUUUAUCUUUUUUUUUUUUAAAAAAGAUGAAAUGACUUUAAUGUCCGUGGGGUCCCUGAGCAUGCACAGAAGAACCCAUCCGACAUAUACAAUCUUUUCCUUCUGUAUAUUAUUACCUAACUUAUUUAAUCUUGUUUUGUCCCUUUAAUUGCACACAUUUACUUAAUGUUUGAUGUUUUCCAAUUUCCCAAGCAGCUCUAUAGCUUUUAGCAAGCCAGGUUAGUUCAGUUAAGUUUAGGGAUGAACCAGUUUGGCUGCGAGUAUUGUACUGGACAUAUCACUUCCACUUAGGGUCUAGAAGUCACAAUAUUUAAUAUUUCUUAACAACAUAUACUGCAAUACAAAGAUGGUCUGUAAGCUCCGAUGGAGGUCAAGUAUUUUUUAGUAGGAUAUACCUGUGUUUUUAGCCACACUUUAUAGAUAAAAAUGAUACAGAAGGCAUUUGGCUAAUCGAGUCAACCAGAGAAGAUGAUGAAGGCAUGGGUGUGCUUGUACAUGGUAAUACUUAUAGUUAUUUUAAAGGGUAUACACCAGCUUCUGUAGAUGAACAAAUUGAACUUUUCCCCAAUUUAAUUUUGCACUAACCUCAAGAAUUGCAUGUGUUUCUAUUUUUAACAACAAUUCAAGUUUGAAGUAUUUAGCUUUACUACUAUUUAUAGCACGACAUAUGCAGGUGAUAUAAGAAAUCACAUCCUACUUUGAUUAAUCAGUUAAAUACUAGUGGUGUCUCUCAUAUUCAGCCAUAUUUGAGACUUGGCUGUGAGCCAUGCUGCUGUUUUGGGACGCCCUCUCUCUUCCUCUCUCCUGCUGCCGCCGCCGCAGUCUUUCUCAUUUCCAGUCUCCAAGGGGUUGCAUCAAAGGGCCAGGUUUUUCACCCAACCAGCACUCGGUCUUUCAUGCAAAACCUCCUCCCCUGUGCGGCGCCGGAGAACUUUUACACGAAGGAAGCCGAGUGAAUUUGAAAGCUUCGCUCAGCUUGCAAGCUCAUGUGCGGGUUUGGUUAGAUGCAAAAACAGGCCGUUUCCCAAUUUCUGGAGAUGAGAAACCACUGCUCUGAAGAAAACUGUAAUAUUCUUUCUGGUGUCUGGCACUGUAUAGCACUUUAUGGUGAGGAGUCUCCACAAACUGUAUUAAAGCAAAACACCGAUUCCCAAAACAGAACGACAGUCAUACAUGUUAAAUUCUCCACUGUAAAGUAUCUUACCGAUUUCCUUUUUAAUUUGCUUUAUUGAGAAAAAACAGAGUAGGAUGUCCAAAGUCUUUAUAGGAUUAAAUUAUUUUAAUUUGAGCUAAGAGGUUGCUUCUGAUCUCAGUCAGGCCUGUGCAUGCUUAUGUGUUAUUAUCAGUGCUUUAGUUUGGAUGCGUGCUGUUGCCAUGUACAGUUAGCUGAGCUGUGAGGAGCACUUAAAGUUGAAUGAAAUGUAAAUAGAGUCUGGCUGUGUGUAGAUGAGGUUCAUGAGCUCGUACAAUGACUCCAGCUGGGAAUGUCUUAUACUAUAGUUACACAAACACACAAAACAGGUGUGAUACACAGGCAUGCAUCAACACACACAUGUACACAAACACACACACACGCAUAUACACACACACCCAAAAAAAAACAUUAAGGGAAGAUUCACUUGUUUUUCUUACCUU